AUGAAGGCCUGUGUCACACUCACCUUUGUCCUGGCCGUCUCUUUAUAUCCGUCUGCAGCUGAGGAUGCAGAAGAUCCUUUGCAGGUUCUGUACAAAUCCCAGACCUACAGUCGGUCUCCGGGGUCGUCAGUCAGACUCUUGUGUCAGACCGACUUUGACCCAGAGCGAUGCAGUGAUGUCCACGCCGUCUGGUUCCACAAGGAGCUUCCUCUGAGCGACCCGGACAAGUAUCUGACUGCAGUGAACGAGAGCGUGGGCCAGAGACAGUGGAGACGCAGACACGUGCUCACGGAGAUACUGCGCCUGGGGCCAGAGGACGACGGACACUACCAGUGCAGGGCCACCGCCAACUGCACCAUGAUGAAGACCUGGAUGGGGCAUUUGAUCCAUGUAACCGUCACCUAG